ACCAGACCUACCAUGGCCCGAAGGCCUCGGGGCUGCUGAAUCGUGGCUGAGAUGUCGAAUGAUCGGGACGCGGAAUACGAUUCACCGGCGGUUGCCCUAAGCCGACAGUUGUAGCACAGGGCUUAUCAAGCAAGAGCCACCGGUACUCGUUGAUGGAUCUGAUCACAUCGUUCCAUGUGGCGGUGGCUGCGCCGAACGCUGAAAAAGAAUUGCUGGGCACGUGCAUUGACAUUGCGACACGUGGUGAUCCUCCGAAUAACUUCCGGUUCGGCAGAUUUUCGCGGUACACUAAGCCCAAAGCGCACAAAGGCGGACAUGCUGCGGACGGACGUGCGGACACGCCGAUUGCCAUGUGGCAGCCACCUCACGGUCUCGACUGCAGUACUCAUGGAUAACGCUAUUCGGAGGAUUGCGGACGGAACCUUACCAUGGGUGCGGGAUGUCACAGUAAGCUUAUCAGCAAAGACGUGGCUAGCCCAGACAAACUACGCCAUGUCGAGCACGCACUUCUUCCCCGCUGCACGUCACUCGCGUUCGACAAUCAGUUUCCUAGUCCUGCACACGCUGCAAUUGCAGGCCGCUCGAUCUAAAUAUCACUCAGUUACGUCCCGCGAGCUAUGCGUUAGGCUUUGGUGAGUCACGGUAAGAUUUCCAACUCGACAAAACAAAGUUCGGUACUGACUGCACGCCACAACCUUCAAAACAUGGAUUUUCGGGCCUUCACGAAGGAUGUUGAAAGUUCGGGGAUAUCUGGAUCUGUUUCGCCGUAGCCAUCAAGGGAAGUCAGCCUUGCUUUCACGAACUCUGGAAUCAACACGGCCAUCGCCUUCUGUCAGAUCUAGACCAUGGAUGGCAUCAGGUGUCG